AUGAAGGUUUCGACAGCUCUUAUUGGCUUACAGAGCCUCUCGCUAGGCGUUUUCCUCGGUCAAGUGACUGGCACUCCGCUGCCUCCGAAACCUUCGAGAGCAACCGUAACGGAUGGCACGGCGACACUCGACCAAGGAACUGUAAAGGGUUUCACAGAUGACUAUGGAAACUCUGUUUUCCUAGGCAUUCCGUUCGCGCAGACAACUGGUGGGGAAAACCGAUGGAAAGCCCCUCAGAACAUCAGCAAGCUCAAGAAGGGUGAGGUGCUCGAUGCGACAAAGUAUGGCGCCACCUGUCCGCAAGCCAUCACCGGCACAACAUACUCCCAGCAGGAUGAAGACUGCCUGAACCUUAACAUCUGGGUGCCUUCUCCAAAUAGCCCCCCAGGUCCACCAAGUCCCCCUCCAGGCUUGAAGGCACCAGGUCUUCCUGUUUUUGUUUACAUGUACGGGGGCGCUAUGGUCACAGGAUCAAGUAGCGAUCCUAAACUCGUUGGUGAGAACUUUGCUCGCAAGGGUGUCAUCUUUGUUAGCUUCAACACUCGUGAGAGCAUUUGGGCGUACCCCAAUUCCGCCGAGCUUGCAGACGGCAAAGAGUCGCAGAACUUUGGCAUCCUCGAUGUCGACAAGGCUUUGCAGUGGGUGCAUGACAACAUUGCCCAGUUCGGCGGCAACCCUGAGCACAUCGUCUUUGGGGGUCACUCUUCUGGCUCGGUUCAGGUUGAUCAUUACCUUUGGAACCAUCCCGACACCUUCCUUGCGGGUGCUGUUCAGAUGGCCGCGAACGCAAAGUCUGGUCCGGCCGUAGGUCCUACCAACGAAGCGCUUGACCUCGUUGCUAAAGAGGUUGGCUGCGCGACUGGUAAAGGCCAGCUCGAGUGCCUGCGUAAAGUCGACAUGUACGCAUUCCAAACUGAGGCCUUCAACGCCACUUUGAACACGUACUUCACGCCUGUCGUGGAUGAGAAGACGCGCUACCAAGAUUAUGCCUCGCGUUUCGCUGCUGGCAACUACGCAUCCCAUGUUCCUCUGCUGACGGGUAACUCCGACAAAGAGGGCGCCCUCUUUGGCCUGGUGUACGGCAGCGAGAACGCUGACUUCUCGGCAUGGCUCAGCACCUUUAAUGCUGAUGUAGCGGAGAUUCCGAAAGACCUUAUCGAGGCAGCGUACGACAUCGCCGAUUACUCCACUGUCUCCGAAAUGAGCGGUGCUCAGUACGGUGACGCACGAUUCUUCUGCCCGGUCGAUCAUUUUAUCGAUAUGCGCAGCGAGACACAAGACACUUGGUCAUACCGCUUCCUCGGCAACUAUUCCAACCUCCUGCCUUUACCUGUAGCUUACCCAACACAUGGCGCUGAGAUCUCAUUCUUCUUCGGAGGAAACGGUGCCUUUGCUGGUAUCGAGGGCGUGACUGCCGAACAGCAGGCGCUUGCCGAUUUCCAGAACGACUGGUUCGUCGAGUUCAUCAAGAACCCCGCCGCAGGUCCUGGCUGGGACAAGGCCACCCCUCGCAGCGGGCCGAUUGCGAAGCUCGGUGUGCCUGGCAACGAGCUUGCUGUAGAGAUUGGCAACACGGCGGAUUUCAACGCUAGAUGCCAGACUGUUUACAACCCAUUCCUUCCAAAAUAUCCAGUCAUCCAGAGCGUACUUUCUGGUGCAAUGGAUAUGGUAGAGGGCGUCAUCGGAAAUUAG